AUGGGUCAAUUUCUGGGAGUUAUUCAAAGCGAACAUACAUUCCCAGAACAUAUCGNNNGGGAAGCACUCGAUGCGGUAAAGAAAUUUCAACUCACUAAGGAGAACUAUGCUAAAGCAGUUGAAUUUCUUACUAAAAAAUAUGCAGACUCGGAAAAACUCAUAAUAACACUCAUGGACAAACUUGACAACAGCCAGCUUCGUUCCACCACGGCGCACGAUCAACGGAAACUAUUCGAACAUUUGCACUUAAUACCAACACAGUUAAAAGUAAAAGGUGAAAAUGUCGACAAUCAAUGUAUGUUUAAGAAAGUAUUGUCUAAAUUCUCUAACAACAUACAGCGCAAAGUCAUCGAAAAGAAACUUGACGUCGUGACGAACAAAGAUAAACCCUUCCACAUGGACCAACUCCUCCAACUUAUUGAGGAAGUUAUAUACAAGGAGGAGAAAGUUUGGCAGUACACGUCAAAGUACCAACCAAUGUCAGGUACUAUCAAUAAACAAGACAAUACAACCAGAUCGUGGAACCUCGACACAAAGUACUGCUGCAUGUACUGUAAGGCCGAUCACAAAUCGUUCAAUUGCGACAUGUACAAGACGCCAUAUGACCGCUCACAAUACCUCCGAACAAACAAAUUGUGCGCAAUUUGCGCAUCCCCAUACCAUGAGUCAACUAAUUGCAAGAAGUCGUCUUGUUUCAAAUGCCAGAGACGGCACCAUACUUCAUGNCAGAACAUAUCGGAAUUAUAUAAAUUCAAUUACCUGCUUAAUUCGCUACAAGGGGAAGCACUCGAUGCGGUAAAGAAAUUUCAACUCACUAAGGAGAACUAUGCUAAAGCAGUUGAAUUUCUUACUAAAAAAUAUGCAGACUCGGAAAAACUCAUAAUAACACUCAUGGACAAACUUGACAACAGCCAGCUUCGUUCCACCACGGUGCACGAUCAACGGAAACUAUUCGAACAUUUGCACUUAAUACUAACACAGUUAAAAGUAAAAGGUGAAAAUGUCGACAAUCAAUGUAUGUUUAAGAAAGUAUUGUCUAAAUUCUCUAACAACAUACAGCGCAAAGUCAUCGAAAAGAAACUUGACGUCGUGACGAACAAAGAUAAACCCUUCCACAUGGACCAACUCCUCCAACUUAUUGAGGAAGUUAUAUACAAGGAGGAAAAAGUAUGGCAGUACACAUCAAAGUACCAACCAAUGUCAGGUAGUAUCAAUAAACAAGUCCAUACAAGCAGAUCGUGGAUCCCCGACAAAAAGUACUGCUGCAUGUACUGUAAAGCCGAUCACAAAUCGUUCAAUUGCGACAUGUACAAGACGCCAUAUGACCGCUCACAAUACCUCCGAACAAACAAAUUGUGCGCAAUUUGCGCAUCCCCAUACCAUGAGUCAACUAAUUGCAAGAAGUCGUCUUGUUUCAAAUGCCAGAGACGGCACCAUACUUCAUGUUGUCUUCAGUCGACCUCAAAAGAAAGCUUUCAGAAUGCUUCUAAAAGCGAACCAAACAGAAACAAAGUCUUUAAAGACAGAAAAUAUAGCACUAAGGACACCAAGACCUACCAACCAACGUCCAAAAUCAACUACGUCAAUCAACAACAAGAAGAACCUGCACAGCACGAGACCUCCGUCCUAAAAAUUCAGGCUCAAGGUCAGCAUCAGCAAAGUCACCAAACCUCCAUUUUACCAACUGGAGAAAUUACGGUGGUGAACACAACUACAGGGACACUUCAAAAAGUCGCAGUUUUGCUGGAUUCUGGAGCUGAUCUUUCUUUCAUAGAAGCAUCACUCGCAGCAGAAUUGAAUCUUCCUAUCCUCCAAGAAACUAAACUACGCUUAAGCACUUUCGGAUCCGAAGAAGCACGAGAAAAGCCGUCCAACAAAGUUUCCCUGAAAGCAUGGGACGCCGAAGGUCGUCCGCUCUCCAUGCUCCUAUACACCCACGAUAACUUGGUUAAGCCAUUUGUUAUCCCUCCAAUUUCUAAGGAAGAUACAGAUUUUAUUCAACAACGUCAUCUUCCAGUAAAACUAACUCACACCGAACUAAAAGCGAAACCCACUAUACUAUUAGGCUCUGACCAACUAUGGUCCCUCGUGAAAGGCGACCAACCGCACAUCAUACUACCAUCA